AUGUUUAGAGAGUAAUACUUAAAUUUAAUGGUCAAUAAGAAAGACAUAGCUAAUUUGAAUUUCUAAUGUAUAGAUUGGAAUAUAUAAUAUUUAGCAAAUUAUAUAAAGGUCGGGAGUGGGUAUUAAGCAAUCAGGAGAAUAUUUAAGAAUGUGUAAUACGAUAAGUUUGAAAAUUAGUAGUUGAAGGAAUUAAAGGGAUAUAUGGAUUCAAUUCCUAUAUAAUAUUUAAAGGAGUAUGUUUAAUGAUAAUAUAUGAGAGUUUAGAAUGAUUGUGUAUUAUUGAGAUUUUUAUAUACUCAUAAAUUUUUGAAGGAGUAGACUGUUAAAUAUUUUGUUGAUCAUUUAGAUUGGUUAAAUAAUCCAGAAACAAUAAUAUUAGAUGAUGUUCCUCAAUUCGAUAAGAUUGUGUAGAUAAUAGGAAGAGAUGAAAUGUUUAGACCUGUAUUAUAUAUAAAUAUAUGUUAACCUUUGGAUAAUAAUUUUAUCAAGGCAAUAACAAAUAAAUUAAUAAUAAUGGAAGAUUAUAUGUUUGUACCUGGUAAAGUGGAAAGUUGGAUUAUUCUUAUUGAUUUUGGAUAAUUUAAUCCUAAUUUUUAGAAAGAUAAAAUAGAAUAAGCAAUUAAACAUUUUAUUACAAAUUUUCCAAUGUCUUUGGAACAUAUUUAUAUUUUAGAUGCAAAUGAAAUUUUAAAAUAAAUAGGUUAAGAUAUAUUAGAUACUAAAGAAAUUAAAGUAUUUGAUUUAUAAGAUAAAAUUUCAGUUUUAGAUAAAAAUGCAUAUGAGAAAGAGAAAUUGUAGUUAUUAUCUCCUGAAUAUAUUCAUUUAUUUGAUACAUUAGAAUAACAAUUGGCUGAAUAAGCAUCUCAAAAUUUAUAAAUAAAUGAUUAAGGUUCUUAAAAAUAAAAUGAUUAACCAUAUUAAGCAUAAUAAAAUGCAGAUUUAAUAGGGCCUCUAUAUCCAUUAGUUGUUUAUGCAAUAUCGUAACCUUAACCUUAUGUUCCAUAGUUUCAUGAUAAAGAAUUAUAGAAUUAUACUUAAUAGAAACAUAUUCCAACUUUCUUUUUAGACACUUAGAAUUAAUUUUGUUAAAAUUAUUAACCUUUAAGAAAAAAUAAUAGUGAUGUUUAGAAAUAAAAUAAUGUAGUUCCUUAGUAAUCUAACAAAAGAGUUGCUCCACAAUUAAAAUCACAAAUGACUUUUCAAAAUACAGAUAAUUCUAUGUAUUGAUAUGAUUAAUCUAUGUAGACGAACAAAGUAUGAUGAUGUUAUUGACUAAUACAAUUGGAAUAAAUAUGGAAUUACAUAACAAUAGCCAGUUAUAGAAACAGAAAAAAUAAUAUAAGAUGUAACAAAUUAAAAUUCAUCACAACAUCAUAUUAGUUCUCCUUAGAUAUAAUAAACUCCAACACUUUAAGGAACAGAAAGAACUAUAAAAAAAUAAGAUACUAAUCAUAAUAUACAAGAUAUACAUUCAACAGGUGGAUUUUUUGAAGAUCCUAUUCUUCCAUUUAAUGAUGAUAAUGUAUAACCUUUCACAUAUAAUGAUAAUAAGUAAUUGUCAUAUGAUGUUAAAAACAUUCCUCAAUAAAUAAAUAAAAUUGAAAGAAAUUUAUAGUUUGAUAAUAAAAGUCCAAUUAAUUUUAAUUAAUAUCCUCCAAUACAUUAAGAAAUAGAAAAAAAAUAUGAUUUUUGUCCACUUCCAUUAAGACCAUCUGAAUAANUAUAUGUUAACCUUUGGAUAAUAAUUUUAUCAAGGCAAUAACAAAUAAAUUAAUAAUAAUGGAAGAUUAUAUGUUUGUACCUGGUAAAGUGGAAAGUUGGAUUAUUCUUAUUGAUUUUGGAUAAUUUAAUCCUAAUUUUUAGAAAGAUAAAAUAGAAUAAGCAAUUAAACAUUUUAUUACAAAUUUUCCAAUGUCUUUGGAACAUAUUUAUAUUUUAGAUGCAAAUGAAAUUUUAAAAUAAAUAGGUUAAGAUAUAUUAGAUACUAAAGAAAUUAAAGUAUUUGAUUUAUAAGAUAAAAUUUCAGUUUUAGAUAAAAAUGCAUAUGAGAAAGAGAAAUUGUAGUUAUUAUCUCCUGAAUAUAUUCAUUUAUUUGAUACAUUAGAAUAACAAUUGGCUGAAUAAGCAUCUCAAAAUUUAUAAAUAAAUGAUUAAGGUUCUUAAAAAUAAAAUGAUUAACCAUAUUAAGCAUAAUAAAAUGCAGAUUUAAUAGGGCCUCUAUAUCCAUUAGUUGUUUAUGCAAUAUCGUAACCUUAACCUUAUGUUCCAUAGUUUCAUGAUAAAGAAUUAUAGAAUUAUACUUAAUAGAAACAUAUUCCAACUUUCUUUUUAGACACUUAGAAUUAAUUUUGUUAAAAUUAUUAACCUUUAAGAAAAAAUAAUAGUGAUGUUUAGAAAUAAAAUAAUGUAGUUCCUUAGUAAUCUAACAAAAGAGUUGCUCCACAAUUAAAAUCACAAAUGACUUUUCAAAAUACAGAUAAUUCUAUGUAUUGAUAUGAUUAAUCUAUGUAGACGAACAAAGUAUGAUGAUGUUAUUGACUAAUACAAUUGGAAUAAAUAUGGAAUUACAUAACAAUAGCCAGUUAUAGAAACAGAAAAAAUAAUAUAAGAUGUAACAAAUUAAAAUUCAUCACAACAUCAUAUUAGUUCUCCUUAGAUAUAAUAAACUCCAACACUUUAAGGAACAGAAAGAACUAUAAAAAAAUAAGAUACUAAUCAUAAUAUACAAGAUAUACAUUCAACAGGUGGAUUUUUUGAAGAUCCUAUUCUUCCAUUUAAUGAUGAUAAUGUAUAACCUUUCACAUAUAAUGAUAAUAAGUAAUUGUCAUAUGAUGUUAAAAACAUUCCUCAAUAAAUAAAUAAAAUUGAAAGAAAUUUAUAGUUUGAUAAUAAAAGUCCAAUUAAUUUUAAUUAAUAUCCUCCAAUACAUUAAGAAAUAGAAAAAAAAUAUGAUUUUUGUCCACUUCCAUUAAGACCAUCUGAAUAAUCAUAUACUCCAUCAUAUAUUGCUUCAGAUAAACCAUAUCUUCCAGAUAGAUUUUCGGAAAUUUCAAUUUUUCAAAAUAAUUAACAUUUACAAUCAUAAAUUAAAACUAAUAAUAAUAAUCUUCCUUAAACAUCUGGAUAAUCUCCAUAUCUUCCAUAAACUCCUUUUAGUCCUAUUCCAAGUAGUACUAAUUUAUAUAUUGCUCCUACUUAUCCAUUAAAUACAACUGCCAAUAAACCUAAUUUAUAGAAUUCAAACUAACCACAUAUCAUUGAAUAAGAUGGAAUCAAAUUUUAAGAUGAAACUAUGCUUGUUGGAGAUCCAGAUCAUAGAUAAUCCAAAAAUUCUAAAAGAGAUCCCGUUCUUGAUUAAUAAUAAUGUUAAAUUUUUUGA